AUGUCAACAACAACAAUUAAAUUAUUUAUAUUUUUUGUUUUAAUUAUUAAAAUUGUAAAUUGUGGGAAUUGUUGUGGUACUCCACAAGUUUAUGAAGGUAACAACGGAAAUGCUGUAGUUUACAAUCCAGGCAAUGAGAAUGAUGUUGAUGAUGAUGAAUCUGAGGAUAGUCUUGCAGGGAUAAAUGUAGGCAAUUUACCUAAUUUUGAAGCUGAAGAUUUACUUGAUGAUGAUGAUGAAGACGAAGAAGAUGAACAAGUAAUAAAUUUAAUUACACAAUAA